AUGAUUGACGUCAAAUAUAUGUUUUUAUUAAGUAGACAAGGUAAAGUAAGAUUAAUUAAAUGGUAUGACGUAUUCACACAUAAAGAAAAACAAAGGAUUUUAAAGGAUAUUAGUACUCUUGUGCUAUCACGUAAAGCUAAAAUGUGUAAUAUAAUAGAAUAUAAUAAUACAACCGAAGCUACAACAACAACAACUAGCACUGUUGCUACAUCAACAAACACAGCUAUAGCAGCCACAACUGGCACCAAUAAUUCUGGGUCUAGCGGCCAUAAAGUUAUAUAUAAACGAUAUGCCAGUUUAUUUUUCAUUUGUGGAAUUGAUGAAAAUUCCAAUGAAUUAUUGACUUUAGAAAUGAUCCAUAGAUAUGUUGAGACAUUGGAUAAAUAUUUUGGGAACGUUUGUGAAUUAGAUAUUAUCUUUAACUUCUCUAAGGCUUAUUAUGUACUGAAUGAAAUGUUUGGCUGCACUGGUGCGUUAAUGGAAAGUAGUAAAAAAGAUAUUCUACAUAACAUUUCUUUGAUGGAUUCGAUAGAAAGCAGUGACAAUCUAAGUUCUGUAUUAAGUUAG